GAGAGAGAGAGAGAGAAGAGAGAGGGUUUCUUUUUGGACAGAUAUAAAAACUCCUCCUUUGCUGCUUCCUCUUCUUCUUCGUUACUUCGCGAGUCUGUUUUGUUCAGAUCUGAUUCAACGAGAGAGAGAAAGAGAGAGCUAACGACGGAGAAGAUGAGCGGCGUAAAGAUCAUCGGUGGUGGUGGCGGAGGAAAGAAAAGCUAUAACGGGGUUUCAGACAUCCCGUCUGGGUCGAGGAAGAUGGUACAGAGCUUGAAAGAGAUUGUGAACUGCCCCGAGGCGGAGAUCUACGCCGUCCUCAAAGACUGUAACAUGGAUCCUAACGAAGCCGUCAAUCGCCUCCUCUCCCAAGAUCCUUUUCACGAGGUCAAGAGCAAAAAGGAUAAGAAGAAAGAGGUUAGGGAUAUACAGGAUUCACGACCACGAGGCUAUAGUAACAAUUACAACCGUGGGACUAGAGGUGGUUCUGAUCGUUAUGCUGGACCUCGACGAACUGGAGCUUCCUCCUUCAACUCUACUGAGUCGGGAAGUUUCCAGGGAAAAACAACGAACAAGAGAGAGAGUGAGAAGCAGGCGUAUGGAGGUUCUUUUUCUUCUACGUCUGGAGUAUCGAGCCACCAGCAGAUACCACACAGUGAUUCUGUUGCCGUGGACAGUAAAACGUCAACUGUUAGCUCGGGUGGUGGAAUAUCAUCAUCACAGCCUGUUUCGGUACAGCAACCUGCAUGGUUUGGAGCUGCAGGUCAGAGGUCUAUGGCUGACAUUGUGAAGAUGGGUAGACCUCAUACCAAGACAACCAACUCUCAGAAAAUUGUUACUGCGGUAAAUCAGGAGCAUGAAACUGUAAAAGAUCAAUGGCCCUCAAUUGAGAAGCCAAUGGCUACCAGCACCUCUUCUGUGUCGGCGGCACCGACUGAGCCAGUGAUAUGUAAUGGUCCAGCUGAUUUCCAAUCCAGCGGAGGGGAUCAACAACUUAAGGGCCACUUGGAAGAUGCACAUUUAGCAGAAAAUGGUCCCUUUGGAAAUCUUGGAAGAGAUCAUGUACAGGCUGACACUGUCGUUGUUCCAGAAGAUGAUGAAUCUGAAGUGACAUCUGAGUUUGAUGAUACUCCAUACGAACCCCAAACGCAGAGCCAUCCUGUUGAGCACCAGAAAGAUGAAGAUAAUGUCUCGUCUGUUGCUGCCAACCUUCAAGAAUUAAGCAUAGAGAACCAUGAUAAAUACUCCUCUCAUGAGGAGAAUAGACCUGCUGUCUUAAUUCCAGACCAUCUGCUAAUCUAUUCAGAAGAGUGCUCACAGUUAAGCUUUGGAAGCUUUGGAUCGAGACCUUUGAACAACAACUUAGAAGAAGCAUCUGACGUAGCCCCACAGAUUGAACGUGCUGAUGCUAGAAAUAACGAGUUCUAUGGAGAUGAACAACUAGGAAGCACGUCCCAUGGAAAUAUGGUCCAUGCGUCUACUGCAGAAAAUUAUGAUGAUUCUGCAGAAUCUCAGCAAGAGGUUUUGUUGCCAGAAAACCCCGAAACUGCUCAUCCGCAGAACCAGUACUCGUUUGCUCAAUCUGAUCAAGAGUAUGCAUAUGAAAAUGCCAAGCAGCAGACGAAUACUGCAUUUGAUGCCUCGCAGACAAGCAUGCAGAAUCAGAUUGCUUCGUUAACAGAUGUGAUGCAAGGGUAUUCAAACGCUGCUCCAAACACACUGUUGGGACAAACAGCACAAAGUGCGAGGGAGCUUGAGCUUCAGUACUCAACUUUCCCAGGGGGACAGUCUAUGCCAUCAAGAAGCAACGAUUACUCACUAAAUGACCAAAGCAUUUCUAUGCCAGAGACGCUCAGAGAUGGUGGUGGUAUUCAAACAACGCAGCCAAGCCAGCAGCAGAACAUACCCGGUGCCAAUAUUGCUACUGGACCAGCUCUUCCACAAGGACCUCAACAGCUUCCAAUGCAUCCAUAUUCUCAGCAUACUGUGCCUCUAACUCACUUUGCCAACAUGAUCAGUUACCCUUUGAUGCCUCAAGGCUACCCAUACAUGCCAUCUGCUUUCCAGCAAGCAUUUUCUGGUAAUAGCUCAUACCACCAGUCACCGGCCGCUCUGCUUCCGCAGUACAAAAACAACAUUUCCCCCAGUAGUUUGCCUCAGUCAGCCCCCAUCUCCUCCCCAUAUGGAUUCGGGAAUUCAAGCAAUGUCGGAGCCGGAAACUUCUCUCUUAACCAACAACAACAACAACAACAACAGGCAGCUCCUACUGGUGCGACACUUAGUUAUGAAGACGUUAUGAGUCUACAAUACAAACAGAACAGCCAUCUAUUGUCACUUCAGCAGCAACAACAACAACAACAGCAGCAGAAUGAAAACUCGCCUGUAUGGCUUCAUGGACCUGGUUCUCAAACAAUGUCGGGUGUCCAGAGCAAUGCGUACUACAACCUUCAAGCACAACAGCAAGCUCAGCAACUUAGACAAGCUCAGCAACAGGCGCAACAGCAAUAUGGUUCCCUCGGUUACCCAAACUACUAUCAGUCGCAAACCGGAAUGUCAAUGGAGCACCAACAGCGAAACCCAAGGGAAGGUGGCUCGCAAGGCCAGCCUUCAAAGCAAACACCGCAGCAGCACCUGUGGCAAAACUCUUACUAGGAGGCGGUUUCAGUCCCGCUCAGGCCUCAUGCUUGGCAUGUACUAUAAAGCUGAUAACCGGUUAUACAGGUUAUCCGUUAUUUAAGUUUGUUGGGUAGGGAGAGAGGAAAAAAAAAACGGAUCUCCACCAUGUCUCUGUGAGUGUAUUUAUCAUCUUUUGUUAACUUAGGGAACAAGCAAACUCUAAUCUUGAUCAAUGCAACUAAAAAUCUAAGAAAACAAAACAAAAGUUCCCAUGACUGU